AUGCGGGGCCGGGUGUGGGCAUGCUCGCGGGAUGCAGCGGGCUGCCGGCUGGUGCAAGAUGUGCUGGAGCUGGGGACACGCGAUGCCGCCGACCUUGCCACGGAGCUACAUGGGCACGCGCUCGAAGCAGCAAUGUGCCCCUACGGCAACUACGUGGUGCAGAAGGUGGUGUCGCACCUCUCGCUUGCAUCCAGCAGGUUUGUGGCGCAGGAGCUGGAGGGAAAUGCCACACGCGUGGCCAAGCAUCGGUUUGCUUGCCGAGUCCUGUGUCGUUUGCUGGAGUUCUGCCCGUCAGACACCACCUCGAGCCUGGUUGAUGAGCUGCUGCAAGAUGUGUCGCGCCUUUGCAGCCACAGCUUUGCCCAACACGUCAUGCAGUCCAUCCUGGAGAAUGGCAAAGACCAGCACAAGAAGCAAAUCGCAGAUGAGCUGCUGUCCGACCCCUUCCGCUAUGCCACCGGCAAGAACUCUAGCUACCUUCUCGAGAAGGUGCUGUGCUAUUGCCAGCCUGCCGAACAGGAGGCCUUGCUCUUCAAGCUUGGUCAGCCAGAGCAAGUGCUUGAGCUGGCCAAGACGCAGUACGGCAGCUACGUGGCCCGCGCGUUGCUGCGCGACAGCCGCGUGGACUCGCAGGAGGCCAUCAGGCUGAUCGCAAGGCACCAGGAGGAGCUGGCCACAACCAGGGGUGGCCAAAAUUUCCUGGUGGAUGUUGGACUUCUGGACCCCCUGGUCGAAUCCAAGCUGUGA